UAUUUCACAAAUUUCCUAGCUAAGCGAAGGGGCCGUGAUGGUGAGAUUGAGACAACAUCAGGAACAGCGUUGAACAUAUCAAGCCAGAUUAGCCUACGUCGCUGGAAAGACCCCCAGAUCCAAUCUCUCAUCCUCCUUGGACCCUCCUACCAGAUCUAAUCCCAAGAAAAUGUCUUCGACUUUCAGUGGCGAUGAGACCGCACCCUUCUUUGGCUUUCUCGGCGCUGCUGCUGCCCUAGUCUUUUCAUGUAUGGGAGCAGCUUAUGGGACGGCCAAGAGUGGCGUAGGAGUGGCGUCGAUGGGAGUGAUGAGGCCGGAGCUGGUGAUGAAGUCUAUAGUUCCGGUGGUCAUGGCUGGUGUGCUUGGUAUCUACGGAUUGAUUAUUGCCGUGAUUAUAAGUACCGGAAUCAACCCUAAGACUAAAGCUUACUAUCUCUUCGAUGGUUACGCUCACCUUUCUUCUGGUCUUGCUUGUGGCCUCGCUGGUCUUUCUGCUGGUAUGGCUAUCGGAAUCGUCGGUGAUGCCGGCGUCAGAGCCAAUGCUCAACAGCCGAAGCUUUUUGUGGGUAUGAUUCUUAUUCUUAUUUUUGCCGAAGCCUUGGCUCUUUAUGGCCUUAUUGUUGGCAUCAUCCUCUCUUCUCGGGCUGGUCAAUCAAGAGCAGAUUAGAAGAGGAACUUAUUUUAGUGGAGACUUUCUGGUGUUUAUCCUCGAUUAAGGACUAUGUUUAUGUUUUCUCCAUUUAGGGAUGGUCACCCAGUUGGAUAAAAGUCCAAGUCUCUCUAAGAUUAUAUACAUGCAAGGCCAUUGCUCAAUCUGAAUUGUUGUUUUAUUAGGUUGUGGAAAUUGGAUUUAGACUUUUUGGUUUGAAUAACAUCUGUGUUGUGUUACUUAGUGCCUCAUUAUCUGUAAGUUGGAUUGGAUUGUGUAACACUAUCAUCUUAAUUAGUCUGUUGAGACUUAAAUCUUUCACUAGUUGAGUCUCUGUUUGCAACAGUAAAUCUGGGAAUCUUGUGUA